GCCAUCAUCACUGCAGUGUCGGCAACCUCGAAGCUUGCAUCACCCGAGACAAACCCUACUAAAACUAUAUCAAAAUGAAGUUCCAGAUUCUUCUUCUGUUGGUGAGCUUGGCCGCCUUCGUCGCUGCUAGGCCCAACGACAUCCUCGACUUCGAGUCUGACCAAGGAGAACACGAGCAGGAAGGCGUGGCAGGAUCUGCAGUAGAGGGCGAGUACAAGUGGACGUCCCCAGACGGUGAAGAGCAUUACGUGAAGUACGUGGCAGACCGAAACGGCUACCGAGUUCUCGACACCGAUGCCCUGCCCUCGGCUCCCGAGCCUGUCGAGGCGGAGGAGGUCGAGGAGCAGGAGUAGACGAUUUCAACUUUACCUCCGGAGACUCGGUGGCAGGGUGACCUGCCUAUCGACGGCUGACGACGAAGGCGGAGUAUCAGCGUAAACAUUGAGGAAAGCGUCCCAAACUUGACAUAAGGACCCAGCCAUGCAGUGUGAAGCGAGUCGAUCGAUGUAGGAAGACGAAACUUUAUAUAUUCUUUGUGUGAUAGACGUAUGAAUAUGAAUAUUAAAUUAGGUGUUAUUAGAGUCAUAUCGAAAUGUAUAUUUUCUAUAAUCGAUUAAAUCUUCGACUUUAACUAAAAUCAGAUAUUGAAGAUAUUGAAAAAAUAUUUGCGCGCUAUUCGAUGUCAAUCAUACUAGUGCAUUAGGCAGUGAACAGCAUGAAUUAUAAGAUAACUUAGUAUAUCUUGAGCUCGAUAUUACGACUUAUAAACACGCUACUCCAAAAAAUAUCGAAAGUUUCACUCAUAUGUCCCGUACAGAUAUUGUUAUGAUGUCAUACGAUGUCAUCUACAAAGGCUUUACUUAUCAGAAUAAACUAUCAUAGUCAUUCAUAUUUCACGCACAUCAUAUUUUAUAAAAAAUCUAUUCGAGUU